AUGCGUACCAGGACAACCCUAUACAACUCGGACGGUCCACCCAAGGGCCAUGAGGACAACACUCGUGGCCCCAGCACGCGCUCGCGAUCGUGGCUGCGUUCGGGAACAAGCCGUUUGGAUACCAGCGACGACACCCAGCCUCCAGCCGUCAUCGAGAGUCAACGCGGUUGGACGCAUGAGGUCAAGCAUCCAGCUCAAGAUUAUCACUCGCUACGUCCAUCGACGCGCUCUGUGACAAGGGGCAGGAUGCAAAUCGAUCACGAGGCGGCGACCCAAUCCAUCGUCGACGACCGCUUCUUGCUGGAACCAGUUACUGAAGACACCCAGCAUCUGGAUGAAAAAGGCCGCGAGCGCGCAGGCAAGCAACAGCGACGCGACGUCCAGUCCUCACGCAGCCCUACCCCCUUCAGCACCAACGGACACGCGGUUACCAUUGACCAUCGCUUCUAUCCUCACAUUAUCGAUUCAGUUGUCGACCACCUUCCCUAUGGAUCUCAGCUUGUCCUCCGUGGCGCCUCCAAGAGCUUUCGCGACAGAAUCAAUGCGCUUCUCGUGCAGCACCUCCUCCUCUCCUUUACUGGCAUCACCGCCGCUAAAGGUCCCAUUCCCUUCAUGCCCGACUAUGCCACUGCGAAGUCCAACCCCUCCAAUAUCCUCGCCGCUGUUGCGGUCAUCGACCUCUGCUGCUAUGAAGACUUCCCCGUCCCGCAAGACACCAAGGAAACCCUUCAACAACUCAAUCCUCGUGUCAUCAGGAUCCAUAACUGCGAAGCCAACCUCUACCUUCCUCAACCAUGCAACGCCAAAGUUCUAGUUCUCUUCCUGGAAACUGUCACCAAACAGUGCCGGUUUAUGGACAUUCCCCUGUCGCUCGACAAACUAAUCCUCCACGUUCGCUACGCAUAUCCUGGCUUUCACGGCUGUGGACCCCCACACUUCGCCGGCCCCCUUCCCAAGGAAGCGGUCUUCGUCUUUUCGUCCUCGGAUGGCCGCAACGGCCGCGGCGAGGACUACGGAAGCAAGAAGAAGAAGUGUGCCCAUGUCGUCGGAAAGCUAUUUGAGUUCCUCCUGCACCCUAUCCUUGAAGCAGUUACCAAGGGUUACGCACCGACUUUGACCAUCGUCGACCUUCCAGUCGUGGACUUGGCAUGGAAGGACACGGAACCCCGAGCACCUGCCCUUCGCCGCGAGGCCUGCCGGCAACGUCUUCGCGAGUGCCUUAUCCCUUAUACGGCCUUUGGAUACCUACACAGCCCAGCGCUCAUCAACGAAGUCGUCUCAAAGCUCCGAUUUGUCUCUCGAAAGGAGUACUCCCAGAUGCUGCCACGUCGCGACUUUCUGCUUGAGACGAGGGUGGUCGCUCGCGACUGCAGCCCCUGA